UUUUGUUCUUUGGUAAUAUAUAACCAUAGAACAAUAUUAUAACUCUAUGGUUAAAAUUCAUGAAUUAUCUAAAAUUAGUAUCUUAAUUUUUGGUACUUGUGGUUGUGAAUUUGUGAUACAAGACACAAGUGUACAAUAAUGAAUAAAUGAAUAAAAUACGACCCAAUACGGCAAUAUCCACGUCCCAUACAAUACGAACUAUUGUUAUGUGCUAUGGAACACGUACUAUAUUAAUGAGCCGAUUCUCAUUAGGUURUUGUUUAUUGAUACCAGUAAAAUAAGAAGAAAUGGAUGCCAUUAAAGAAGAAAUUGCAACAAUGAUCAUGAAAGAAAUUAGGAUACGUAAGAAAAAAAAAGCAAUUAAAGAUAUAAAUACCAUAACUUCUACAACUUUUAAUGAUGCUGAUCAUUCAUCAGAAUCAAAGAAAAUAUUUGGGGAAACAAGAACGAAAAAAAAGAAAAAAUCUAAUGAGGAGGCGCUUAAGGUAAAAAAAUUGAAUUUGAAUGAAGAGAGCAAACCAGUUGCUAACAAUACUAAAUCCAUUGAACUGCAAAAAAAUGCACAGAAAAAUUUUAAGUGUUCUGUUUGUUCUAAGACAUUUAAGUUUCAUUCUUUAUUAUUAAGGCACAACACUCAACAUACAAAUGAUAGACAAUUUGAAUGCAUGAUUUGUAGAACCUUAUUUACUCAAAAAACAUCUUUGGAUCAUCACUUGAAAUCACAUACUGGGGAAAAAUCUUACAAAUGCACAUUUUGUGGCCUAACGUUUUCAAAAAAAUCAAACUUAAAUUCACAUGAAAAAAUACAUAGUGAUAAAAAAGUUUUAGAGUGUGAUGUUUGUAAAAAACUGUUCAAGCAAUCAUUUACAUUGAUUAAUCACCGUAGGAUUCAUACCGGUGAAAAACCAUAUCAGUGUAAUGUGUGUUUGAAGUCAUUUGCAAAAAAAUAUGGAUUGGAUGUACACUAUCGAAUUCAUACUGGUGAGAGACCAUACUUAUGUGAAAAUUGUAAGCAAUCAUUCCUUACAAACAGCGAUCUUAAGAAACAUAAAAAAAGAUUUUUAAAUUGUAAUAGUUAAAAGUAAUUUUGUUCUCAUUUUUGAUUUGUUCAUACCAUUAAAUAUUAAUGAACUAAGUUCUUGAGCUUAGUUCUACUUAAUUUAAAAAUAAUUAUAUUUAAUAAAAUAU